AUGUCUCACUCCGACCCCCACGACACUCACCAGGGCCUGCAUGAUAACCUCGAUCAGAAGCAUUCGCCUUUUCCCGAGCCUGCUGAUCUCCCGAGAAACGAUGAAAUACAAAAUACCGAAACCAAGGAAACCCAAAACUCCCAUUCAGUUACAGAACCAAAAGUCGAGGUCUUUUACGAAGAAAGCUGCUCGGACGGCAAAUAUCACUGGACGAUAGAAUCCCCGCCACAGAUCUCGAAAGAGGCUGCCAACGCUUUGGGGCGCGCCGAUAUCAAGCUUUUCAAGAUCAAGGACCAUGACAAAUUCGUUUUCAGUGGCAGGUAUCCCAUGAAACCCUACCGUGUCGAGGUGCAAAACCCUCUGUUGGUUGGUGCUCUCGCGCCCAUCGUCAGAAAGGAGAACGUACAUCUCGACCCUCUAGCCGUUGCAGUUUUCAAGGAGCCCUUUUACCCUCUUUGGUUCCGGCACGAGGAAAUUGUCGACCUCUACAACAAAAUGCAAGGUGACGAGCUCGAACCUCUCCUCAAGGCGUUCAUUUUUGUACUUGCCGAGCUAUUCCUGGAACUGACUGCAAAGGCGGCUGGACUCCAAGGUAUUGGCCUGACCAACUUCAAGAUAGCCUGGACAUUGUUUCCUCGCGAUUCCACCGUCUACGGCCGUUCGUUGAACUCCGAGUUUGUCGGCAAAGUCGAUUCAAUUAAAUACGAGGGGUGCCCGGGAGAGCGCCGGCUUCUCAUCACUUGCAAGACUAUUUCUGCCUCUGGCGGGGGCUUCUUUUGGGAGCAAAGGAUCAUGACCAUCCCGGAAUUUACUGGCAACAAACCAAUUCAUGAACUGGGCUGCUGGCGCCUUUGGUUACGCAAGGACAAAGAAUUGAUCACGGAGCGUCUCACUGCGCGAGGCAGAAAGGUUCUUGAGCUGCAGGGCUUCGCACAUUGCACUUACAAUGGUAUCGUCGUACGAAAAACAGAUUCCACCACUCUGAGGCGCAAUGUGAACGGCCGCAUCGUAAUCGAUCCACAGGGCUAUGACAAGUAUUGCUUGAAUCAGGGGCAGCGAGAGAUAAAUGACCCUGAGAAAGACUGGAUGCUCCCGACAUUCGAAGAACUCAUCUUCAUGAGCGAGACAAUUAGUGGUUUCUCCCUGAAGGAUAAAUUGUGGUUCCAAUUCUUCGUCGAAGACAUUCAACCCAUUGAUUGGCACGACGAAGCUUACUCGGAUUUCGUUUUCCACGAGCAGAAAAAAGAACUGGUUCUUUCCCUUGUUCUGAAUCACAACAUGAACAAUGGCACUUCAAGGGCUACGCAAGAUGUCAUUGUAGACAAAGGAAAAGGUCUCAUUGUCAUGCUCUCGGGCCCUCCUGGCACGGGCAAGACUCUGAUGGCUGAAGCCAUCGCAGAUCAUCUCCAUCGGCCCCUCUAUCGCCUGGAAGCCAAAGACCUGGGUACUCAGGCCGCAUCCCUGGGCACCAACUUCAAGCGCGUCUCAGAGCUGACAACGGCGUGGAAUGCGAUAAUCCUACUAGACGAGGCAGAGGUCUUCAUGGCCCCGCGGGAGCCCGGCCAUGUUUCGCAAAACGGAUUGAGCAGUGCCUUUCUUCGCGAGCUCGAGUAUUUUAGUGGCAUCAUCUUUCUCACAACACAUACGAUCAAGACAGGUAUCGAUAGUGCGUUCCGCGGCAGGGUCAGCGUGCACCUCGUGUUCCCCCCCUUCACGCAGCAGACGCGUGAGAAAGUCUGGAGCAUGUUCCUCAACCGUCUGUCGCAGCAGAGAAGACGUAUCUCGGAGGGAAGGGAAGACGUGGCGCCAGACGAACCUAACGACGAACCCUACGCCAUAUCGGUGGAUGACAAGGACGUCGCACAGUUGGCUUUAUGGGGACUUAACGGCAGAGAGAUCAAGACAGCCAUCCAGAUAGUUCACAACUGGUGCUGUAACAAGAACUGCGAGAUGACGCUGGCCCGGUUGGAGCAUGGAAUUCGACUCGUGAGCCCAUUCUCUAGCAAAGAUAUGGGGCUAUUCGACGAUUCAGGUUGA